AUGUCACAAAAUCUUAUCAACGCAAACCCUACUAUUUACAGCACAAAAACUCUGACUCGUAAAGAGACAGAAGCAGAACUGGAUGAUGAUAUUGAAGACCCUAUCGACGCACAAGAAGUAUUUGACCUUAUCCGUUCUAUUUCUGAUCCCGAACAUCCCUUGACAUUGGAACAACUGAAUGUCACUCAAUUUGAACAUAUUCAAGUGGACAAUCAGACCAACAAAGUCUUGAUUGAGUUUACGCCUACUAUUCCUCAUUGCUCUAUGGCCACUUUGAUUGGUUUAUGUAUCCGAGUUCGAUUACUGCGCAGUUUGCCUGAUCGAUUCAAGGUCGAUAUUCGAGUACGUCAAGGUACACAUCAAUCAGAAGCUGCAGUCAAUAAACAACUGAACGAUAAAGAAAGAGUAGCAGCAGCAUUAGAAAACAAUCAUUUAUUGGAAGUGGUGAAUCAAUGUUUAGCCACAGCUAGUUUACGUGGUGUUGAAGUCAAUUAA